UCCAAAUAUAUCUGUUUGCUUUCGGUAACUCUGAAACGGAAUUUCUAAAAAAUAAUUGAAAAUCUAGGAGAAGGAAAUAAGGGGAGAGGGAUUAGCGAAGAAGGAAGAAAGAGAGAUUGGUGCUAGACUGCACGCACUAUAGCUAUCGACAAGAGUUUGAAGAUUCUAACUCAUACAAUAGUUUCUUUUCUUUCUCGUCUUUGCCUUUUUUCUCGAGAAAACCUCCACUCGAUUGAUUGGUUUUUUUCCGUCGAGUUGGAGAAUGCACCAGAUGCUUUUCUGAAAAGCUUGCACUUAGCAAACGAGGGGAUUUUUUAGCAGAUAAUAUUUCUUUUUAAUUUAUAAAACAUGGUUGCCACUGCUGCUACGUCCGCAUUCUUUCCGGUAAGUUCAUCGCCGGACUCCUCCGGCUCGAAAAAGAAGCAGCAUGGAAAUGGAUCCAUUAAUCUUGGAGGUAUCACGACGAAAUCAUCUUCUUCCGGAAGCUUGCAAGUCAAGGCAAAUGCACAAGCCCCUCCAAAAAUAAAUGGAACCAAGGUUGUUACACCUCCAGUGGAAGUUUUCAAGAAUGAAGAUGGUGUCAGUUCCCCUCCUCCGAGGACGUUUAUCAAUCAGUUACCUGAUUGGAGCAUGCUUCUUGCUGCUAUCACAACCGUUUUCUUGGCUGCUGAGAAGCAAUGGACGAUGCUUGAUUGGAAGCCGAAGAGACCUGACAUGCUCAUUGAUCCGUUUGGUAUAGGAAGAAUUGUUCAGGAUGGUCUUGUUUUCAGACAGAACUUCUCAAUUAGAUCUUAUGAGAUAGGUGCUGAUCGUACAGCAUCCAUAGAGACAGUAAUGAAUCAUUUACAGGAAACAGCACUUAAUCAUGUUAGAAGUGCUGGAAUGCUAGGAGAUGGUUUUGGUUCAACCCCUGAGAUGUGCAAGAGGAAUCUAAUAUGGGUAGUCACUCGGAUGCAAGUUGUGGUUGAUCGUUAUCCUACUUGGGGUGAUGUUGUUCAAGUAGAUACUUGGGUCAGUGCAUCAGGAAAGAAUUGCAUGCGAAGGGAUUGGGUUAUCCGCGAUGGUAAAACUGGUGAAAUUUUAACAAGAGCUUCAAGUAUUUGGGUGAUGAUGAAUAAAGUGACUAGAAGGUUAUCGAAAAUUCCAGAAGAGGUUCGAGGGGAAAUAGAACCUUUUUUUAUGAAUUCUGAACCUGUUGUUGCUGAGGAUAGCCGGAAAUUAGUGAAACUUGAUGACAGCAGCGCAGAAUACGUUCGUAAAGGUUUAACUCCCAGAUGGAGUGACUUGGAUGUGAACCAGCAUGUCAAUAAUGUCAAGUACAUUGGCUGGAUCCUUGAGAGUGCUCCAUUGCCAAUCUUGGAGUCUCACGAGCUAUCCUCAAUGACAUUGGAGUACAGGAGGGAGUGUGGGAGGGACUGCGUGCUGCAGUCACUAACUGCCGUCUCCGACCAUGGUGCGGGGAACUCGGUGAAUAUUGGUGAAGUCGAGUGCAGGCACUUGCUCCGUCUGGAAGACGGGUCUGAGGUCGUAAGAGGAAGGACCCAGUGGAGGCCUAAGAAUUCCGAAAGUUCUGGUAAUGAGGCUCGAAUUCCACCAGAAAGUGCCAUAGGAAUCCAAGUUUCUGAAUCAUUUCUGGAUUUGCAGUAGGUCUCAUUACUGUGAUCCACAUUGCCAUGUAGAAUAUAUCUCGUGUUGUUCCAAUAUAUAUGUAUAUAAGCUUCUCUGUAGUUAGUUCUUAUCUCUCUACUUUGGUCUUAAUUGAAUCAAGAAGUGUCCAAGGAAAAUAGGAAAGAGCAAAUGCCUGAGAAGCGUCUUUAGUUAUUCUUAUAAAGUGUUAUUAUUGUAAUGUAUUAUAAGAAAGUGUUAUUGGAAUACAUGUGAUGUGAAUUUUAAGA